GAGGGAGGGAACUGCCUGGCUUCAGCAACUACAUAGUUUUUGAGAAGAUUCUGCAGGAACAUGUGGCCAAACUUAAGGAUCCAGCCAUUGAUUUACUCAAUGCCAUAAAAGAUAUCAUCAUUAAGCAAUUCACUGACGUGGACAAAAUCAACGACAUUCAACUUAACCAACAAGAAAAGGCAGAGCAGAGGAUCUCAGAGCAGUUUAAAAUGGAAAACGGGAUCUUUACUCAAGAUCUCAUUUUCCUGAAGGUCUUGAGUGAGAAAACAAACCAGACUUUUUCAGAAAAGGAGUUACCUGUCUUUGACAAACAAUGCAAGUACAGUCAAAUGCUGGAGGCGUAUUAUGAGAUUGUGGUGCAGAGAUUGGCUGACCAACUGCCCUUGAUGAUCACCUUUUACAUGUUGCAGGAGACUGCUCGGCUCCUGUCUAUUGACAUAAUGAAAUUAUUGGAAAAGCCAGAUUUGCAGAAGCUCCUGUCUGAGGACCCUGAUGUCAGCAGAAGGCGCAGCGACCUAAGAGCUCGCCAGACUCGUUUGACUCAUGCUGCGAAAGCAAUUAGCAAUUUUUUGAAUGACUAGAGGAUAUAUCUGAAAAUAAAAGAUUAACAUCAGAUACAUUAGAUGUAAAGUAUCUGACAUCAACUGUCCAACCAUCCAUUUUUCACGCUUGCUCAAACGUUGCAGGAUUUGACCAUUUAACCCACAACUUUCUUCAGCUUGUUAAAAUUUUUUGAUUGUUAUAAUAUAUACAUCCAUUAACCUGGAUCUUAUGCACCUAUUUGAUUCUUUCCAAGUAGUUCAGCAAGGCAGCACUUUGUAUACAAGUCACAUCUAUGGGCUCAAGUAGGGCAGGCACAUACAUUUUGUUUUCUAAAUCAUCUGGAAGUAUCAGUGC